CUUGUAUUCCUUGUGCAAGGUUAUUCUAUAAGAUCAGCUGUCCAUAACAUUCUGCCAACGACCUACGAGACAUCCCUUGGUAUUAAUAAGCCACCUCUAUCAUUACCAAACAUCGCCUCAGCUACCUCAAUAUAUCUAUAUCGCCAAUAACCUGGGAAACCUGUAUCUCCAUCGAGCAAAACAUCGCUCCGAGACAUUCCACAAACAUUUGCACAUAUACUCACAACUCGAAUAAUAAUCGAUGGCGGCACCGAUGCCGCAUCCGUACCAAGCCCACGUUCCGGCAACACCUCCGCCGGAGCAGCCGUUGUUCAGCAAGGGCCCAAUGUUUCCCGAUAUGUCCACGACAACAAGCACAACAACAUCUCGACAACAAGCCUUCUUCAACAUGUUUGCCGCACAUGCCCAACAAGUGCGGGAACAGCAACGACAAAAGCAGCGAGAGCAAGAUGCGCAACAACAACAACAACAGCAACAGCAGCAGCAGCCAACCCCUGCAUCCUCCCGGCAGUCCAGCAGCAGCGCUCCCGUACCACAAUCAUCACCGUCACAGACACAGACAAAUCUCCCAUUUGGCAUGAAGACGACAUCCCCGGCAGAUUCAACACCACAACAACAGCAGCAACAACAACAAGCAAUCCCCACCCUGGACCCCAAAUACCUCGCCAUGGCCUCGCGCAUCGCCGCCUACUACCAACAACGCUGCCAAGCCAUCGCCAACUUCCAGCAGCAACGGUGCCAGCAGUGGGCCAACAUGCAGCGCGCCAAGUGCCAGGAGAUGAUGCAGGCCACCAUGUUGGUGGUGGCCUGGUAUAUUCGCGAUCGGAUCGAACGGCGGCGGCGGAAACAGAAGAGGGUUUUUAAACGCGGGUUGGAGCAGAGGGAGAGGCAGCGCGCUCUACGGGUAGGAGGAGGAGGAGGAGGAGGAGAAAAGGUGACCAAGGGGGAGGUGGUACGGAGGUGGGUUUUGGAUGUGCCUAUUGGAGUUUUGCCACCUUCUUCUUCUUUUUCUUCUUCCUCUUCCUCUUCUUCUUCUCCUGCUGCUGCCGCUUUUACCACCACACCCACGGCGACGGCAACAGAAAAGGGAAAAGUACCAGUACCAGUACCCCAGCCAUCACCAGAAGUCCACGACCCUCUUCAAGACCAAGCCGAGGCCAUCUUUGCACUGGGCGGCAACGAGGUUGAGUUGCCAGAAACCAAGACCGAAGACAAAGAUUCACAGCUGUUCACCAUCGCGGAUAACCUGAUCAAGUCACAGCUGGCUAGGAUCGACAUUCCGCUUUUGGGGGUGCUCAACCUAGACGAGAGCGACAGCGAGGAGAGUUCGGAGGAGGAGUACUUUGAAGAAGAUGAGUAUGAGGACGACUAUGAAGGCGAAGAGUAUGAAGAAGAAGAAGAAGGAGGAGGAGAGGAAGAAGAAGGAUAUGGAGAGGGAGAAGAUGGAGAGGAGAAGGCGGAGUAUGAAUGCUUUGGCCCCGGCGUAUAUGGGAAUACGGGCAAUCUGGGGCCUAAGGUGAAGGUGACUGCUGUUCCUUCUUCAUCUCAACAUCAACAAGAGCAGCAGCGUACAAAGGUGGAAGAUGCUGUUGUUAUGUCGCCAGAGGGGAUGGGGUCAGAGGAGGUCCAGUUGGGUACGACGGGGUCAGGGAGCGCGGGGCGGAAGAGAGGUGCGAGCGAGAUUUCGUGAAGCAUGGCGUCUUGUGCUAGCCUCUCUCUUCGGUUUGUUUCUUUAAUCUUUCUUUCUCUUGGUUAUUGUGUGUUACGGUGGAAGACAAGUUUGAUGGAUGGGUUACCAUAUAGAGACAUGGACUGGGGCAAUAUGGGUUUGUUUUUUUUCUUGGGUGGAAUUUUGAUAGCCAACUCAGUCGGUCGGUCGGUUUGCUUUUGGGGUCCGAUUUGGUAUGGUGAAGGGAAAGGGGUAACACCGGGGCGUUUUUGGGUAACGGGUCAUGGUCACGGCGACGGUCGCGGUUCAUUUGUCGGUCGGGGCGGCGGCGUUGAUUCCGGGGUCUCCACGGUUCACACACACACACACACACACACCACCUUUUCUUUCGUACAUUGCUUGGAUGAUAGCGUAGCAUACUUCAGCCUACAUACCUCUCUUUACCUUGCCUCACCUUUCAUCUGCACAUAGCAGCAAUGCAAUACUCUACUUGAUGCGCA